CACCAAGCUUUCACCUCCCAUCGAAAGCAGGCAUUAUAAUAAGCCAACCUGCAUACCAACACCCUCCCAAAAAUAAAAACAUCCCCAAACUCUGUCGUUUCAUUCAUGUAUUCACAGUUCGCUUUCAUCAUCUUGUGGUAUAUAGAAGACCAAACUUCCCAUAUCCUAAGUCAACUUGAUGGAGAGUCCUAAGAGAUUAUUGAUUACUUUCUCAAAAAUCCAUGCUUAAACAUUUCAAUACAACACAACAUCGUCAUCUCACUCCAAAACUACAUAUCCAAAAUCGCUAAACUCUUCACCCCUCAAUAUCACCAAGAAAGGCGAAUCAGCAAUCCAAAUACUUGCCAACUUCCAAACUCGGCAAGCCUGAGAGUGGAAAGGAAAAGGACGCGAAUAACAACAAACAUGCCCUCGAAAAUUCAACUCGAUGAGAAUCUUGUGUUUUUGUAUAUUUGUCUACAGAAAUCUGAUAUGAAAACUAUUGAUUUCGCAGCCGUAGGCCAAACGACUAAUCUCAAAUCUCCCGCUGCACGUAUGCGCUACACGAGACUGAAACGCCAGAUUGAAAAGGGGGUUAUUGGGGCGAAUGCGAAUAUUAAUCUUGGGAGUGGGGGGGAUGAGAGGGAGAGGAAUGGAGAAGAGAAGGAAAGAAGGAAGGAGAAGAGAGAGAAGAAGAUGAGAGAGAAAAGAGAAAAGGAGGAGAAGAAGGAGAGAGAGGAUGUUGAAAAGAAAGAGAAAGUGGAAGCUAAGGAGUGGAAUAGGGUGGAGGGCGGAAUGCGAACGGGGAUGGGGGUGGGGAUGGAAAUGAAAACAUAUGGUGGAGUGGAGAAAAAAGAAGGGAAGAGAAAGAGGGAAAUUGAAGAUAAUACGGAAUCGGACACAGAUGCGAUCUCAGAACCGGAUUUCCAUCUCCAAGGAUGGAAAAACUCGAUACUCAGCAACACAACCUCUCCAUUCCCCGCAGAUCCUCCCCCACUCAUCCAACUUUCCACGCACCCGCACGCCGAAUAUCCCUCUCACCCAUACAUGCACAACCAUCCCGCAACUUCCGCUCCCCAAACCAACAUCUCGCAGAGCGAUCUUUCAGAAUCACAACCCAUCUCUCAAACUCUCCUCGACCAACUCCCCUCCCAAACAUCCUCCUCUCCCCCACUCAACCCCCAAAUAAAACUCGAACCCUACUCCCCCUUCUCCUCCUUCUCCUCCUAUUCCACGGAGCGCAGCAUACCCAAUCUUCACGAGCGCACCGAAGACGAAGACGCAGAUUCCGAAGACGAAAUGCCGCUUGCCAAACGUCGAGGUGUGGGAAAACGACACACUUCUCAAUUUCAGUUUCAAUCUCAAUCUCAAUCUCCAAAUGGAAAUCCAAAUCCAAGCAUAGAAGCAACUUCACAUACGCAUGUAUCGAAAAUCGCAGAGGGAUACAGAGAUGCACAUUCGCAUUCUCAUUCUCAUUUUCAUUCUCAUCCGUAUUCUGAGACGAGAGAUCCGCAACAAAAUGUAUGUGCAGAAGAAUACACCUACACACAUCCUCCUCUUCUCCAUUCCACGCACGAACCUAGUACUUCUCAAUACACACACGCACACGCAUACGCAUACCCAACUCCCUACAGCACCCCCUACAAAUCCAUCUACAUCCCUCAAACUCCCACUUCCCACGAACCCUUCGAGUCCUUAAACUCCACUCCCUCAUCCCCAUUAACUCCCCUUCCCUCUCCCUCCCCCUCCAAAUCCCCUUCCGCACUCUCAAACCCACCUCCCCAUCUAUCUCCCCAUCUCCAUCCCCACAACUGGACCGAUACAUACCAAUCCUACCGACAUCUAUGGGGCACCGAACGUAUCGCACGGGUUUCGUCUCCGCCGUCAUCUGUAUCGAUUUCUUCAUCUUUGCCUCUAUAUCAUAAUCGUAAUCUUGAUUAUAAUCACACUCACCGUCAAAGUCACAGUCAAAGUCAUAACCAUAACCACAAUAAUAUCGCAAACGCUAAUGCGAUUUCCGAUUCUGAUGUUCCUCUUCCUAACAAAUCGCCUCGUUCGAAUACUCAUUUAUUAUCGCCGCAGUGGUGA